CAUAAGUGGCUUAUUGUCUCUGCCAUCAUGCCUUGCCUCUCAAUCGUACAAUGAUGCCCAGCGGUGCUAUAGUCACCUAGUGCUUUUUUCCAGUAAUAGGUAUUUAGACAGUGAGGGAAAGUAAGAGACAAAGCAGCACACUUCUAACACUGAACCUUGGAAUGGAUCACAACCGUAGGGUCCUGUUCAGUAUCACCCAAGAAGCCUGCUCGAUACAGCAGGGAACUGAGUACAGCUCCUCUCUGUGUGUGUGGGGCAUGAACAACUUCCAUCCUCCUUUUCUUACCACAGGAAAUGCCAUUUAGACAGAAAAAUGGGUCUUAAAAUUUUAAAAAGCAUAUUGCAUGCUAAGUAACUGAGGAAGCAAUUCUUCUUAAGACUGAUUUUGCCUGCUAGUUUCUCUGCCUUCCUCAAAUACGCUCCAGCUACAAAGAAAAAUUUGCAGCCCGUGGCUCUCAUGUCUCUCAUUUUAUGAGCAGAAAAAGGCCCAUGGUUAUUUGUGCUACAACCUAGCUGUGAAAGUGUGGUUGAAUUUACUCUAUUUAACAGAUGGACAAUAUGCAUCACAGGGACUGGUGUGAGCCAUUUAAUCCAAUUCUACACAUUUAGACAAUGGCCAGUAUAGUCAAAUCUCAAUAUCCUAUCCCAUGAUAUAGGGGACUGUAGUCAGCAGAAUAGCAGGAUCAAAUUAACAUGUAUAAUUCCAAAUUUGGCUUCAGUGUGCAGUUCAAAAAAUCUACACAAUUAGGAUGGAUUGAGAAAGGGCAAAUAUUCCUAAGACCCUGGGGGAAACUUCAGGUUUGCAGAAAAAAAUCUGAAACAAAAAGGGGUUUACAAAAACAAACAAACCUCAAACAAGGACACAUGUAUCAUAUACAUGCAUAUAUAUACUCAAAAAUGCCAAAAAAAGUUGCAAAAAAUCAAAGCUGACAUGAUGCUGUCACCAACAACCCUCAGAUAAGGCCUUUUAAUUUUUAUAAAAGUGUAAAAGAGGGAGUAGAAACAUUGAGAUGAGAGGACUAGAAAGAAGAAAAAAGCAGUGAUGGGAUGGUGGCAAAGCAGAAAUAGAAGGGCGAAGUAGUAGUGGGAUGGUGGAAGAGGGAGAAAAAACAAUGUCAGGAAGUAAAAGUGGAGCCAUGAGGGGACAGGCUGAUGGAUGGAACUUCCCUUGCCCUGCAGGUCCUUAGGGGUCCCCCUUUUAUGGCAUCCUGUUAAAAGAAGUUCAUCCGAUUCAGAGGUCCUGGCAAAGUCAUAUUUUGAGUAAGAGAUGUCCUCGAGACUUCCUUUGGAUGCUCCUGUCCCUUCCUGUCCUAGGGGAUGCCCCAGUUUACCUUUGCUUGCUUCUGUGGGCUCCAUGGCUUCUGCAACAUGAAGAAGGAGAAGGAAGAGGCCAGUGCUGAGCAGGAGACAGUUGUAUGAGUAGAAAAGGCUUUGAUACCUUUGCACACCAUCUUGCCUCAAAUUGUUGAGGUGGAGCAAUAGUCCUACAAUUACUUGAGACUUUGAUGGUUCAGCAAAACAUCUCUGUUCAAAUAAACCACCUCGCUCAAGAUCCAGAAUCUUGCAAUAUGAAAUGGUUAUUGGGCAGUUUGCUUUCCUGAAAUACUACCCUGAGCCUUACUGCAGGCGCUUCAAAAGCUGGAAGUGGCCCAGACCACUCUGGACACCUGGGAGGAGCUGAUAUGUAGUAAUUAUGAUGAUCUCUUCCUAUGAAAAGUAAAAACGAUGGCAUACCAGAAACGAUCAUGCCGAGAGUACUUUCACUGCACCAAUUUAAGGUGAAGAACAUGUUUAUACAGCAAGCUUGGAAGAGUCCAGAACAUGUGCAAACUGCUGGAAUGAAGCCAAGAACAGUACAGUCAGCCAAAUCAAUGCACUGCUAUAACAUCUACCUAAAGGUCUUCAAGAUGAAACUGUAUACAAAUUAAAAAAACAGCUUCUUCUUUGACUUACGGCCCAAUCCAGGGUGGGGGGGUGAAGGCAAUGAUGUAGGUGGCGGGGCCCUAUGCCAGUGAAUUUGCCCUCCCCAGAGCAUUUACCCUGGUGGAAGGCAAAUUGCUGCUGGGUAACUGCUGCGGCCUUGCAAAACAGCCAGAUGUAAAGCAGAGCACUGUGUCACCGCUCCUGUGCCACUGUCUCCGCUGGCAUAACACAGGCAUUCCAGGGGCUUGGCCGGGGGGGGGGGGGGGUAGAACUGACCGUAGUUGGCUUCUACCUCAGCUUUGCCUUCUGGGACACUGGCACCCAGGGCAUGGGUGGCAUAAGUCCAUUGAGCCCUAUGGAGAGCUUUUCGCAGCAGGGAGGGUUUAAAAAAAUAUUUUGCUGCCCCGUGCCACAGAAAAGCCUCUGGAGGUGGUGGGCAGCACCACAGCUGUGCCAGCCUCUGGAUUGGGUUGUCCACCCCUCUACUAUGUACAUAUGAGGUACUAAUGCUGGAAUUUGAAACUGUGAAAUAGGAAUUAAUAUAAUUACCAGCUUUGGCUUUUAAUUGUACUAGAACAAUAUGAAUAUCAGGUUAAUUUACAGGAUGUGCAAUUCUUGCAUUCCAGUAUUAUCCAAGGUAAAAAAUAUUCUUUUAAAAACUAUACUCACAAAGUAUAUUUUUGUUUUUGCACUCAGAUGAUUCAAUUGUAAGCAGUACUUUAUUUCUAUAGACUUAGUAUAUAGGAAUGUUGGAAUGGGGAAAACUAAACUGCUCUGUAUUUAUGAUCAUCUGGCUCUUCAGGAUGGUAUGUCUCCAGUGACAAAGAAAUAGAAACUACAUAUCUGCUUUAAUCCAU